AUGCUUAUCAUCUUACGGUCACAAAUGUCUGCUGUGCCUCCAGGGGCUAUGCCUUCAUUGCAGGCAGAAGAGAAGAGAAAGGCAAAGGCUGUCUUCUACACACCACUGCCUGAUCGUCUUAAAUCAGGACAAGAGAAGCCCCUGUCCUUAGAUGCUAUCCUCACUUCCCUGACUCCCAUUUCUGCCCCCUCCUUUUGUCAGAAGACCCAGGUGCAGGUGGCUAUACUUCUCUCCAUAAUGCAAGGAGUCUUGUGGUCUAUUUGUCUGUUCUUAUACCAGUGCCAGAAUAUUGUGGUUACUGUGGCCUUCUAUAGUUUGAAGCUGGCUGUGAAUUCAUCUGGUCUGAAGGUUUUUAUUGGUUGCACUUACAUAAUCCAGAUUAUGGCUAUUUAUGACCUACGACCCUGGUUGUCUACACCAGAGACAAUAACCAGCUGUCCACCUGGAUUGGAGUAUUUGCAUCAGAUAAAUCAGUUAACAGUGUGUCAACAUCUUGAUCCUCUGGGAGUCCUCAGAAAAUUUGAAACUAGUAAAACGUAUGAAAUCUUGAACAAUCAAGGACAAAGAAUUUAUUUUGCAGAAGAGAGAAAUAAUUGCUUCCUUCGACACUUUUGUGGAUUUUCAAGGCCUUUUACUAUGACAAUUUAUGAUAAUGUAGGUAGAGAUGUACUUGCUCUGCAUAAGGCUCUGAAAUGUAGCUGUUGCUGGAGUAGAUGCUGCCUACAAAAGUUAUUGACUCUGGAUGAGGAAAUGGUUAUUGGAAAGAUUUCAAAACAGUACUCUGGAUUUGUAAGGGGAAUAUUAACCAAUGGUGAGAAAUUUGGGAUCCAGUUUCCAUUUGAUCUUGAUGUUAAAAUUAAAGCAUUGAUGCUUGGAGCAACUUUCCUCAUUGACUACAUGUAUUUUGAACUGUGGCCAUAAGAAUUACCCUGAAAGAAUAUGUCAGAUAUUACUGGCAUUUAUUUUUGCCAGCCCUCAACAAAACUAAGCAACUUUCACUGAAAAUAUCUAAAUAAAGUUUUAUUUUACUAAAA